GCCCCCAGGAUGCUGGCCAACCUGUACCAAUGGUUUUGGAAGGAUGAGUACUGGCUGCCUCCUGGGUACACAUGGGCCGACAUGGAGGAUUCCAAUGGGGUCACCUACCCUCACCCCAAGGACCUUCUGGCAACCAUUCCCCUGGCAUUCAUCUUCGUGAUCAUCCGAUAUGGCUUUGAGAGGAACAUUGCUAUAUGUCUGAGCAAGGUCAUGGGUGUUCGUGACCACCCUAGAUUAAAGGCUGCUCCCAACCCCAUCCUGGAGUCCUUUUUCCAGACUCAGAGUUGGAAUCCCCAAGAGGAUCAGCUGAGUCACUUGGCCAGUCAGUGUGGCCUCUCUGUGAGAGAGACCCAGAGGUGGUUUCGACAACGAAGGAACCAAGAACGACCAAAUCUGACAAAGAAGUUCUGUGAAUCCAGUUGGAGAUUUUUCUUUUAUUUUUCUUCUUUGUUUGGCGGCAUCCUCACCAUUUACAAUGAAACAUGGUUUUGGGAGUCAACGAAAUGCUUUGAGGGAUACCCCAAGCAGCCUCUGAAGACUGGUAUAUAUUGCUGGUACCUGCUGGAGAUUAGCUUCUACCACUCUUUGUUGCUCACUCUGCCCUUUGAUGUGAAGAGGAAGGACACCAAGGAACAGGUCAUUCACCACUUUAUUGUCAUUGCCUUGCUGUUUCUCUCCUAUUGUUACAACUUUAUGUACUUUGGAACCCUGAUAUUGCUGCUACAUGACAUAACAGACAUCUUAUUAGAGGCCUGUAAGAUGUUGCAUUAUGCACAGUGGAAACUUACAUGUGAUAUACUCUUCAUCAUUUUUGCUGUGCUAUUCAUUGUCAACCGGCUCAUUCUCUUCCCAAGCAAAAUCAUCGGGAUGAUCUUUUAUUCCAGAGACUUGUUAAAGCCCUUCUUUGGAUUUUAUUUGACCAUUGCCCUCCUACUGGUCCUACAGGGUCUCCAUGUCUUCUGGUCCUACUGCAUCCUCCGUUUAGUCUAUUCAGUUCUUGGGCAUAACAAGGAGCUGAGUGAUGUGAGGAGUGACUUGGAGGAACAAGACACAAGUGAUGAGCAGUCAGAGAAAGAGGGGCAAAAGAACAGGCAGCUCCAGUCCAAUGAUGACACCAACUCCUGCAACUUCCUCCGGGCUCGAGGAGAGGGGCUCCCAACUGAUUAA